AUGGCCUCGGAUCACAGUUUAUCGAGCUCGUCGCUGAGUGCGGGGGAGAAAAUGACGGAAGCAAUCCCAGUAACAGAUCACGGGAAUAAACCGACGUUGGCCACUCAAAUUUUGGACGAUAAGUCCUCACUCACAAAAAUCGGAAGUCAGAACCAGUCGACUGAGGCAAAUAUAUUCCCGGAGCCAGAGGUGGAAGCGGAGGCCGAUCUUGAGAAGAGCGGUGCGAUCCCCAGGUCUAAUGUUGCUCCUGGCGGUGUGAAUCCUGCAGACUUCCCGGAUGGCGGCCUCGAGGCAUGGCUAGUCGUUCUAGGAGGGUGGUGUUCUCUGUUUUGUUCUUUUGGCUGGAUUAAUUGUAUUGGAGUGUUCCAAGAGUACUAUCAAACAAACUUGCUGAGCCAGUACUCGCCGAGUACCGUCUCUUGGAUCCCUUCUCUGGAAGUCUCUAUGAUGUUUCUCGGUGGCCCAAUUUUCGGCAAAGUUUUCGAUACCUUUGGUCCUCGGUAUCUCCUGCUCAUAGGGACAUUCUUCCACGUCUUCGGCUUGAUGAUGGCCUCUCUUUCGACAGAAUACUACCAAUUCCUUCUGUCUCAAGGGAUGUGUAGUUCUCUUGGCGCAAGCGCUGUCUUCUACGCGUCUAUGAGUUCUGUUGGGACGUGGUUCUUUAAGAAUCGCGCAGCCGCCUUUGGAGUGAUGGCGUCGGGCUCCAGCCUUGGGGGGGUUAUAUUUCCUAUUUUUGUUUCGAAGCUCAUCCCACAGAUUGGGUUUCCUUGGACGAUGAGGGCUGCCGCAUUUAUGAUACUAGGGAUGCUAGGGAUCGCCAACUUUACCGUGAAAUCAAGAUUGACACCCAAGCCAAAGAAAUUCGACAUUAUGGAGUUUAUAACUCCACUGAGGGAACCUGCUUUCGCUCUGAUCUGUGCUGCAUCCUUCCUGUUCUUCUUCGGCACUUUCCUUCCUUUCAACUACAUAAUCCUCCAGGCCCAAAAACAUGGAAUGUCAAACAAUCUAUCAGUUUAUGUCGUGUCCAUUCUAAAUGCAGCAUCCAUCUUUGGACGAAUCCUUCCUGGAAUAUUCGCUGACCGCAUUGGUCGGUUUAAUGUUAUGAUUAUGACCACUGGCUUCUCAGCAAUAAUCGUAUUCGCAUUAUGGCUCCCAUCGGCAAGCAACGCCCCGAUCAUUGUGUUUGCUCUGCUCUACGGAUUUUCUUCGGGAGCUUUCGUCUCUCUGGCGCCAUCACUAUUAGCACAGAUCUCCCCCAUCCGUGAGAUCGGUGUCCGAUCUGGGACUCUUUUCGCUAUUGUUUCCAUCGCUGGGUUAACAGGCAAUCCAAUUGGCGGAGCCUUGUUAUCAAAAGAUCACGGAGACUUCUUAUAUCUCCAGAUAUUUUGUGGUGCGACGAUGACAGCUGGCACUCUAGUAUUUGUGGCUUCUCGGUGGGUGCAGUGCGGGUUUAAAAUGAAGAUUAUAUGA